AUGAAAUCAAGGAGCUGGUCCUCUCCCUUCCCUUGCCUCGGUCCCCCACCCUCGGGUGUCGGAGACCCGGCGUGCAAGAUGCAGAGCCGGAUUGGGGAGAAGCGGCUUGGGAGGAGGGUGGGGGGAGAGGAGGCGGGGCGCCCCUGCAGCUUGGGAGCUGAAAUCAAAUCGCGCGUCGCUGUUGUGCGGUCUCCUAGCGACCCCAGACCGGACGCACCGGACGGAGCUACGGGCCCGCGAUGGCUGUGA